ACCGCCCUGACGACAGCACCCCUGUGUACCUUCCCAGUUCAGUUCCGGCAGCCCUCAACCAGCGGCCUCUCACAGAUGACCAGAAGCCUGUACAUCAGCAAUGGUGUGGCUGCCAACAACAAGCUCUUGCUGUCCAGCAACCAGAUCUCUUCAGUCAUAAACGUCUCAGUAGAGGUGGUAAAUACCUUCUAUGAGGAUAUACAGUACACACAGGUGCCUGUGGCCGAUGCACCUAUCUCGAAGCUCUAGGACUUCUUUGACCCCAUCGCUGACCACAUCCACAGUGUGGAAAUGAAGCAGGGCCGUACAUUGCUACACUGUGCCGCUGGUGUCAGCCGCUCAGCCACUUUGUGCCUUGCCUACCUCAUGAAGUACCAUGCCAUGUCCCUGCUGGAUGCCCACACAUGGACCAAGUCAUGCCGGCCCAUCAUCCAACCCAACAAUGACUUUUGGGAGCAACUCAUCCACUAUGAGUUCCAGUUGUUUGGCAAGAAUACUAUACACAUGGUCAGCUCCCCAGUGGGAAUGAUCCCUGACAUCUAUGAGAAGGAGGUCCGUUUGAUGAUUCCACUCUCUAUACCAGAUGAUGCCUUUUAUAAGGGCAAGAAAAAAGAAAGUGAUGCCACAGCUUUCACCUCUGUCUUCCUGGAACAUGUGGAUGCUGCUGUGGCUGCUGUGGCUGCUGUUGUUGCUUCUCCUGGCCUGGCUGCUGCAUUCUAUCUUCAGGGCAGCGGGCUGGUGGCAGGGCACUCUGGAGAUGAAAAUGUGGCCCAGUGGACACCUUCACGACACAUUGCUGAGAUUCUGAAAAGAGAACCCUUCUAA